GAAAAUUCAUUUUAAAUAAAAACAAAUAAUCGAAAUCCCUAGAGAGAGAGAGACGCAGACGAAGACGAAGAUGGCGAGUACAGUCUUCAUCGCUCUACAAUGUUUCGAGUGUUCAACGAUGCAGGUGAAGCAGAAGAAGAAGAGCAGCAACAAGUGGGUUUGUGUGGUUUGUAAUCAGAAGCAAUCAGUGAAAAAAGUGUUUGCUCAGGGUUAUAAGGCUAAGGAUCUUCGUUUCUUCGUCCAAUCGUUUAAUAUGUCUCGCAAAGUUAGCGAUGACGAGGCACUUGGUAUUGUAGAUUCGUGUUCGGAAGUUGAUGUUAAAGUAGAGGUUGAUGAUGAGGAGGUUUUAGAUGUUCGUGAGAAGAAGCGAUCUGAUUGGAGUGAGUACCUCGAUUGCGAUUUGUCAAAUGAUUGCUCGAGAUUAACUGGAGGAGAAGAAGAAGACGAUGUGAAGAUUGUGACUGAGAUGCCCAAAGACAUGUUCAAAAGGCCAAAGCUGAUCAAAUAUUCUAGUCCUGGUGGAUCAUCAGCAGUGACAGGAGGAGGUGAUGGUUAUGGCCUUUUCAAGCCUCCCUUAUCUAGACGCACCGUCAAAAAGCCAGAUUUUUGUUCCGGGAAGAGGGGUUCAGAUGAAGUAAUGAUGAGGAAGGAGGACAUAGAACAGAGAGAUUUAGAAGCAGAGUCAGAAAGAGAUACGAAGCCAGCUUCAAAAUGGGAUGCCUACUUGAUCGAUGACGAAGGAGAACACCAGGCACCACCACGAUUUGGUGGAAAGAAGGGAUUGAAGGAUGAUGAUGUAGGAGAAUGGGACAAAGCAGUAAUGGAGAUGAGUACGGAAUGCCAGAUGGUGGAAGAGGAGGUACAUCCAGAUUUCAUGUGACCAAAGGUAUUAAUUACUAUGUUUAACCAGGCUGCAGAUUAUUAGAUGAUGCAAAAUGUAAAAGAUUCUGAAACGAUUUAGAGAUGCAAAAGGGUUUUAAUUCAUCAA